CGUGAAUACAAUUCGAGUCCCUCCCUCUUCCCGCUUUUCACGUGCUUCCAUUAAGAAAGAUAUGCCCCUUACUUAGCACUAUUAAGCCUUAAUAACUUGAUGCGCGGUCAACAUAUUCUACCACACAAACACUAUGCAAGCUUUAAAUACCCCACCUUCCUUUUCUCAUCCUAUCCUCCCUUCUCAUCGAUAUCCUAAUAUGGCAUCACUUUCGAAUGGCGUUUCCUUGCCUCAAUUUAUAGGUGCGGUCGAAGAUCACUGGCAGCUUUUCAGCGACCGCUCCUCCGAUUAUGUGCUUGGAGCUCCCAUUGGAUUUGGUGCUUCCUCGAUAGUCUAUGCCGCCUUAUAUCAACCUCCCAACCGCCAGCCAGUUCCGUGCGCUCUCAAAGUCUUGGACUUGGACACCUUACCAUUGCGUUCUUGGCCUCUUCUCCAGCGUGAGACCACACUGAUGUCUUUAUCCAAACAUCCAAACGUUCUGCGUGUACGUGGUUCUUGGAUGGACGGACAUAAGCUCUUCAUCGCGCUCCGCCUCAUGAAAAAGGGCAGCGCUGCGGAUAUCAUGCGGUACGGUUGGCCCGGGGGAUUGGAAGAAGAUGUUAUCAAGUGUAUCCUUGAGCAAGCAUUGCAAGGCCUCAAUUAUCUCCAUAUCAAUGGAUUCAUUCAUCGAGACGUGAAAGCCGCGAAUUUACUCAUAGACGAUGAUGGCACAGUUUUGUUAGGCGACUUGGGAGUUGCCGCGGACCUCUCGGAGGGCUCAUCUCAUACUCUAUCCUCGCUAUCUUCCAACAAUGAGCCUGCCGUGGAUCAAAAAGCUGCUUCACAUGCAACACCCUCACCUUCCAAUCGCGUCUCUAAUGAUUCCACACCUCCAUCCAAAGCUCCAAGGAUCGGUAAAAGAAAAUCAUUCGUCGGAACUCCUUGCUGGAUGGCUCCUGAACUCAUCCAAGGGAAACAAUAUGAUUCUUCCGCCGAUAUCUGGAGCUUUGGGAUUACUGCGCUGGAACUCACGCAAGGCCGACCCCCAAGAUCACGAGAACCUCCUCAGAAAGUGUUAUUGAGAACAGACGGCGGCACGUACAAAUACUCAAAGGGUUUCCAAGAGAUGGUAGAGAGUUGUCUUGUCAAAGAUCCAUCAAAGAGACCUACGGCGCAACAAUUACUACAAACACCAUUCUUUAGAGGCACCAAGAAGCAAUCGUAUCUCAUCAAUGCUAUCCUUAGUAGAGGAUUUGCCCCCAUUAACAAAGCGACAAGAGCGUCGGGUAUUGCCCAACAAUCAGAUAUAUCGCACUGUGGAUUCUUGGGACUUUACGAUCCAUUCCGUUCCCGUUUCUCCCGUCUCACUAAAUGCAAAGCGGAGGAGUGUCGACCGAAGCAUGGUGUCCGAAAUCGAGGGAGACCAUGAAUCGAGGCACUAUUCGGUGUUUUCACGCAACUCUAAGCGUGGGUCUGGAACGCCUCCAAGUUCCGCUCAUUCGACACAA